CGCGCGGGUGCGGGGAUGGCGGCGGGGAGGUUCGGUGCUGGCUCCUGGCAGCAAGCGGUGUCGCUGAGCAGGCGGUGCUGCUUGCAGGGUGGGAGGAGAGAGCGCUACCGGUGCUCUUCAAGUACUACAGCUCUUGGAAAAACCGUGAACGAUUCAGAAGUUACUUGCGAAGAAAUUGUGCUCCCACGAAAGAAAACCUGGGAUAAGCUAGCAGUUCUUCAAACUUUGGCUUCUACGGUAAACAGGGAUCCUACUGCUGCUCAUUAUAUGUUCCAGGAUGACCCUUUCCUUCUCCCAAAAAAUGCAACCAACGCUCGUCUGUUUUCGUUGUCAAAGGAGUCUGGGAGAAAUGCUGCAAAAUACAUCAUUCAGCAUUUUCCUCAAUAUUUUGACAAGACGUUUGCAGAGCCCAACGUACCGUGCUUGAUGCCUGAGCUUCUUAAACCUCAGAUUGAAGGAGUGAGUGAGGAAGCUCUAAAAGAGCGUAUCCACCUCAGAAAGGUGAAAGAUUCUGUGGACCUGUUUGAUCAGCUCGUACAAGCAGGUACUCCUGUAUCUCUGGAGACCACAAACAGCCUUUUGGAUUUGUUAUGCUUCUACGGAGAUGAAGAAUCAACUCCAGAAAAAAAGGAAGAAGAAAAAGAGGAUUUGGAGGAACCAGAGGCAAAUGCAUCAGAGAAGGCUCCAAAGAGACAAUUCCAAAGAGGUUCACUGUUACCUGGCUCCAGAUGGAGGGAGAACAACAAUGCUGAAAGGAUAUUUAAGAUAAUGCCAGAGAGGAAUGCACACUCCUAUUGCACAAUGAUCCGUGGAAUGGUGAAGCAUGGGGCUUCUGCUAAAGCUUAUGACAUGUACAUGGACUUGCUGAAUGAAAGACACAAGGCUGAUGUGCACACCUUCAACGCACUGAUUACAGCAGUCCCAUAUCUAAAGGAGAAGUUCUUAGAAAGAUGGGAAUUAGCCAAGGUCUUCCUGAAUCACAUGGUUCAACAGGAAGUGCAACCAAACCUGCUAACUUUUAAUGCUUUACUGAAGACUCUGAGAAGAUGUGGUGGUGUAGGCAGAAGUGUGUCUUCAUCGGUAAUAAAGGAAAUGGAAGCACUUGAUAUAGAGCCUAGCCUUGCAACGUAUGAACAUCUCAUCUCUAUAUUUUAUAGAGGCGCUGAUGUUUACCCAUCAGGCAUCUUUUCUGAGAUACUGGAUCAUGUUGAAAAUAGGAGCUUCACUCCCCAGGACCCUCAUGACGCCAACUUUUUUGCCAGUGCUAUGCAAGUGUGCUGUGAUCUUAAGGAUAUCAAGCUUGCCUAUCGGUUAAAUAAGACAAUAGAGAAAGGAGACAACUGGAAAUUCUUGGACGUGGAUCGGUUAAAUGCCUACUGGUCAAAAUUCUUUUCAUUGUUGUGUAUGAUGGAACAAAUUGAUGUUGUGUUGAAAUGGUACAAAGAAAUGUCCCUUUCGGUCUUCUAUCCAACUCCUAAAAAUAUACUGGACCUCCUUCAAGCACUGGAUGCAGCCAACCAGUUGGAAGCGAUCCCUUCAGUCUGGGAAGAUAUGAAACAGCUGGGCUUUAAUAGGAGACGAGACCUGGUGGAAGAGCUCUUGUCUUUGAUGAGCAGGGAGAAGCACCCUGAAGAGAUUCAAGCGUCAUUUGCUACGUGUGCUGAAGACAUCAAAGCAUCCCAUGAGCAAACCGGGAGGGAGCAGGCCUCGUUGGAAUGGACAGGCAGUGCAUUGGGCCACGUCGCUCUGUUGUUUUCCAGGGCAGGAAGAACUCAGGAUGCUUGGAACAUGAUGGAGCGUUUCAAGCAAAUCAAUAGGAUUCCCACUGACCAGGUGAUGGAUGAGUUCUUGACCUGUGCUAAACAAACCAAUUGCCCAGAUGAGGCAAUUAAACUGGUGAAGCUUGCAGUGUCCCUUGGUCUCCCUUCGUCUCAAAGGCUUAAAAGCAGAACGGAGAAGGAGUUUGAGCUCUCUGAAAAGCAGAAGGAGACAUUGGAGAGUAUUAAGUCAGACAGUGACAGCAGCGACAGUGACGGCGACUAGCUGUCUCUCUUGCCUUCCUGUGGGGAAAAUUGGGAGCAGCUGCUGCCUUGGCGCCAGGAGAGAUGUGGAACUACUGAAAGGACAGCUUCUGGGAGGUGCUGCAGCACUGCCAAGUGCUCCAGAGCAUUCUGAUACAGGACCUGGUUGGCAACAGGACAUUGUCCUCACUGGAGUGAACCCCGAGCUGUUCUGUUGAAACUUCUUGGUAACUUCAAACUCGGUGUUGGCUACAGCAGCCACGCCUUUCCACACCAGUACUUGCCUGAGCCGUCCCUUCUGGGCUGCUUAAACAGCUUGGCAGAGGUGCUGGAGGGCUGCAGCGUGCGCAGAGCUGCUUGCCGGAGGCUGCUCAGCAGAUACAACACCUUGACAACUUGUGCAAAAGACUUCUCUUGGACCUUCUCCAGCAUAAACCUGUGCCAGAUUUAAUUAACUUCCAGCCAACUUGAAUGAACUACUUUAAGUUUACAAUGUUUGUAAACACAGCAAGUAAUGCUGUACUUGUCACCUGUGGUAUCGUUCCUCAUCCUUUUGGUGUUCAGGGACAGGUAUUGGACUGUAGAUGUUCAAAAGCUACAUCUUGGCUUUUGUACAGCUGGAGGCUGUCUAAUAAAUGGCUGACUGUAAACACUGCUGUGUUCUGAUAACCCCUGAGCAAAGCCUGUUGAUUACGAAGCGCUGCUGUGGCUCUCAAAGAGUAAGUGAAGCUCCCACAGAACACAAAUAAAGCUAUCGAGGUGGCAGGUAAGACAGAUGACUGUGCUGUUUUCUACCUUGCAGUUAACUGGCCCUCACCAUCACGCUGCUGCUCUCAGCUUGUAGAGGCAGCUUGAAUGGUAUUUUGAUGUAGUUACCUUGAGCAAGCACUGCAGACCUUGUUCCUG